AUGUUCAUAGUUUCAAAGUUCAGUCAAAAGAAGCAAUCUUUUCGCAAUAAAUCAGCAAAUAAUGUUUCGCAUACAAACGAUCGAUAUGCUCAUUCUAUUAAAUACGAUGAUUUUCUUAGACCAGAAGCGAUGGACGUUUUUACACACAUUCCAAUGACAACCAAGAACAGCCAUCGGGUAGGCAACGUUUAUAUUUUGGUACACAAGACACGAGAACAACUGGGCGCUGGCGAUCAAUUGAUGUGUGUGGAAGCGAAGCGAGCUCAUCACUCAGUGUUGAUCGAUGUUGCCGGAGAGUCGGACGAUCUGGAAUUACGCGGUGUGUCUCUCCAUCUGACAGCCGAUGUCAAAUUACGCAAAACUAUAUUUAACGCUCAUAGCCAUCCGGUACUGCGUCCAUCACUUCUUGACAUAUUCAAGCCGAACCCAAAACGUAUUCAUCCAUCUGAUAGUGUAUCCAAUCCACGACAAUGGGUGAAUAUGUUAAAGCUGCAGGCUGAAGCCAUUUAUGUUCGAAUGACAAACUAUGAAACAUUACCUUGGUCUGGCAUUGUGAAUUGCCAACAGUAUGUCAGACAAUUAGUCGAAUCAUUAGGUCUUCAAAUUCCCGAUGGCAUUCAAUUAGCCGGAGAUGCUCUGCCUGUUAUCAUCAAUCUUGGCAUUAUGUUGAUACAGAAAAAAGCGACGAAAGCCGAGGAAAAAUGA